CUCAAAUCAGUUGUCAAUUAUAAUGUACUAAGGUGUUUGACUCGGGUAGACGGGUAGCAAGAUUAUUAUUUUUAUUUUUAGACAAAGGGAUUAGCAAGAUCAAGUUGACAGUAGCACACCAAGAAACAAGCUACCGAUGCCACCAAACACCCUACGUCAGGUAAAAGUCAGGUUGCAAUCUGGUGGCAUUGAACGAACCGAAACGGCCGGGACAUUCACCUUCGAACUCUGAAAAAAAAACAGGUGGCAAUCCAAACAAUCACCAUGGGUACAAGCACUAAAACCUUGCUGGUAUGCCUGAUCCCAUGGCUCGUUUACCAGCUCCAGCCUCAUCGAUUCUCUCCUGUGUCGGCCGCGACAACAAUGGCCGGCAAGAUCGAUAUCUUCACCGUGUACCAGCACGACAGGCUGAACGAGACCGGGUACGUCGUCGUCACCGGCGACGAAGGCGCCCCCUCGAGCGACACCACCAGGCCCUUCGGCAGCAUCUACGUCUUCCGCGACGACCUGACCCUGCACAACGACAGCGACUCCCCCGUGGCCGGCGCAGGGCCGCCCUGGGCCGGCGUGAUGGAGGGGGCCUCCAACGACGAGCUUCGACGGGCUCCACAACCUGCUGGCGGCCAAGAUCUCCUCCGCCACCGCGGCUACAGGGGCUCCGUGUCCGUCCUUGGGGGCUCCCACAACACCAAGCCCUCGGUGUACCCGGUGGUGGGCGGCACCGGCGAUUUUCUGUACACGGAGGGGUACGUCCGGUCGUCGCCGGUGGACUCGGACCGGCCAAAGGUGAUAUACAAGUUGGAAAUUCACUUGUACUGGCCACCGUACACUAAAUUUGCUCCAUUUCCAUAGUACUAGUCUACUAGGAGUGUAGGAUUUCUGCGUCGAGCCAGAUCAUCUUUUGCAGCUUCCAAUUUCAGGUCUUAUUGUAUUUUUGGAUUACAGGAAAGUUACAGGAGUACAAUUUGACAGCGGAUGUGUGACACUACACAGCGGCACAUUUUUUAAGUGAAAUACAUUUGCGAUUUUCGAAUUUGGAAUGCUCAGUCACCUUGUGUCCCCGAAUUUUUAAACCAGAAAAAAAUGGUACCUGAUACUUGACCGUACCAUCUAAAACCGGGUUUGGCCCAUCCAAAUACCACCGUCCUAGAUGCAUAAACUCCUAGUUUCUAGUUUCUUUAAAUAUGAAUAAACUAUAGACAACGACUAAUCAUAUAGACAAGGACUAAUAUGCCAGCAGAUACCAGAUGUAAGCGUGGAAGCAGACAUUUUAGUCCGUUACCAUCGCCCUAGAUGCAUAAACUCCUAAUUUCUUUAAAUAUGAAUAAACUGUGGGCAACAACUAAUAUACAAGCAGGUACUAAAUGUAAACAGACUUUUUAGUCCGUUGGAUCUGUAUCCAUCGAUAGAUAAAAUUAUGGUUUGUUAAAGAGUUUUUUAUAAAACUAUAGGUAUUCCCUCUUGUUUCUUUAUUACUGUGUACUUUUUAGCACAUUGGUACGUCCGCACAUUUAUUUUCUAUAGAGACUGAGAGAGAACCUCUUGUGGAUUUUUCUUGUCCAAAUGUUUGUUACCACGCAAACCAACACAUAAUGUCCCCCACGU